CUAAACUAAACUAUGUUCGCAACAUCUUCGGUUCUGUCUCCAACACCACAAAGCUUCUUCCUUUCGCCUCAUCUUCCUCAAAUUCAAUUCCUUUAUCCGAUAAAAUUUCUUGGUUUUCCCGUAACGAAUCGCUGUUUCACUGGCGGUUCAUUCUAUAACCAACGGAGCUGUUGUGAUGAAAGACGACGAGGGAAGAAUCGAAUCAUAGUACCGAGAGCUAGGGGAGCCUCUCCUUACGAGGUUCUUGGUGUGUCUCCAUCAGCUACUCCUCAGGAUAUAAAGAGGGCUUACCGUAAACUUGCUCUCAAGUAUCACCCUGAUGUUAAUAAAGAGGCAAAUGCGCAGGAGAAGUUUCUGAAGAUAAAGCAUGCGUACACUACUUUGAUUAACUCUGAGUCACGGCGUAAGUAUGGGUCGGAUACGAGUGGAUCGGGUUACUCUAAAGGUCAGACAAGCCGGACAAGGAAUAGUCAAGUAGAGGAAGAUUUCUAUGGACUUGGUGAAUUCGUGAAGGAUGUUCAAAUAACAAUAGGGGAUUUCUUCAAAGAUCUUCAAGAAGAGUUCAACAGCUGGGAAGCUAGUGCAUCUUCACAAGGAAAACCUAAAAGUCUCUGGGAAGAACUAGCGGAAAUUGGGGAAGAGUUUGUGGAGUUUCUUGAGAAAGAACUUAACAUAAGCGAUGAAGACAAUGAUGGUUCAAGCAAAGGAGAUAGGUUUGAUUUUGAAGAAAGCUCCUCAAAAGGGAAAUCAUCACCAGGGAAUAAUAGUAAUAGCACGAAGAACAGUAUCGAAGACAAUAUUGAUGAGAUUGAAGCAACGCUAGCCCAGUUGAAAAAAGAUCUUGGCUUGCAAUAAUAAUCACAAAAGUUGCAGUGAAUUGUUCUCUUCUUAGCUUGGUUUAGAUCUUCAUAUGUUUCUUUCUUUCAAGCCAUGAAAGAUUUUGUCUGAUAUAUACAAGUGUUGAGAACGUGUGUGUCUUAUAGAAUAUUGUUUCCUGAAAGCAAUUAUGUUUUGUAUAGAAGGGAUUAUAA